AUGGAUAUGCCACCAAUACAUAUGUGUGCUUUUCUAAAUCAUGAAAACGAACGAUUAAAAACGAAAAUAAUUAAUCUCAAACAGCAUAUAAAGGAUCUUGAACGGAAAAUUUCAGAAAACAAUCAUGAUCAUGUUCGUUCAUGCUCAAUAUCAAUUCAAACAGAUCUUGUUGCACAACCUCGUCCAAAUCUAUCCACAGUAAAACAUUCUUCCGAUGAAUCAAUUCGUUUACAUCGUCUUUUAAAAGCUCAAAAUGAAUUAUUACAAAAAUAUGAAAAUGAAACAUCGAAUGAGCGACGAGAAUUAAAUUCUAUAUCUGCAGGACGUACAAACGAAUAUGAACGUCGUUUAAUUCAAUGUAAAAAAGGGAAGGAACAAGCAGAACAACGAGCAAUUUCAGCAGAAAAACGGAUGGAAAAAUUUUCAGAGCGAUAUAAACGUAUGGAAAAAGAAUUAAGUGUACUCGAUGAAAAUUUUUUUGAAGAAAUAGAAGAUUUAAAAUAUGCAUUACAACAAGCCAAUGAUCUUAAUCGAGAAUAUGAAAAAACUGUACAAAUGUUAAGUACACGACUCGGUAUUUCCUAUCCGACAACAGCAGAUAAAAAGAAAUAG